AUGGUGGAACGCUACAACCGCACCCUAGGUCAGGAGUUGGCAAAGUAUUGCCAGGAGGGACAGGAGGAUUGGGACUUGAAAAUCCCCCUGGUACUGAUGGCUUACCGCUCGGCCGAACACGAGGUGACUGGGUACACGCCCGCGCGGCUGAUGUGUGGACGGGAGUUCCGGCUGCCAGUGGAUCUGGUGACUGGCAGGCCGUCGGACGAGGAGAUGCCCACUACAGUCACCCCCUACGCUAUCGCCCUCCAGGACCGUCUCCAGCAAAUACACCAUCAGGUGAGGGCUAACCUGAAGGUGUCGGGCGAGACGAUGAAAGACCGGUACGAUCGGCGGGCCAAGUCACCACCUUUCAAGGAGGGGGACAAAGUGUGGUUGCACAACCCUCGGAGGAAGAAAGGGUUGUCCCCCAAGCUCCAGAGCCCCUGGGAGGGGCCCUACGACGUGGAACGGGUCCUUUCUGACGUCACAUUCCGCAUACGCCAGGGGCCUCACAGGCGUGCCAUGGUGGUGCACGCGGACCGGCUCUGGCGGUACCACGGUCCCGGGGACUUCUCCUGGGAGGAGGAAGCUUCGCUGGCGGGCAGCGAGGAGGAGGAGGAAGCGGACCUGGGGCUGGGGGUCGAGGAGCCCCUGGUGACGGAGGAUUAG